AUGUCAACGCCGGCUAAAAGCUCACCUAAGGAUGCUCAGGUUAUGUCAGCUAUAUUGAAGGAUAUGGGGGUGCUUGAAUCAGAGCCUCGAUUAAUAAAUCAAAUGUUGGAAUUCACAUAUAGUAAGUAUUAGUUAGGUCAGGUUGUCAAUAAUUAUGAGAAGUAAGCGUCCUAGUUUACUAGUCAGAAAUGAAGACAACUGUAUUAUUAUUAUUGUAGUAUAGUAGUAGCUAUAAAUAAUAUGAAACUUUGUAGAAGUGUUAAACAUUGUACUAUCAACAUCUUUCUAGCUUUAAAAAUUAAAAAAACUUAAAUGUACUACAGUUGAACCCGUUAAUCUCGACCUCGGUUAACUUGCCACUGUUCUGUCGACGUUUUUGAAGUGGAACCGCCAAAUUCUCUCUUUGUCUUAGCAUUUUCUCCUUGGUUAUGUGGAUUCUUUUGUGUCGCCGAACCCUGAUAUUUCGAGCACAGAAGGCGGCCAAGUUUGCCACUUAACCUCGGUUAUCUCAAUCCCCAUGACCAAUCUCCAGCUUUUGAACUCCGCAAGAAGAAAUAGCAAACAACAAAUAAACAAGUUUUUCAUAAUUAAAAAUAAUUAUUUAUUUCUCAAAAUACAGGAAUUUAGUUUUAGAAUGAACUUAGAAGUAAUUUAAAUAAAUAUGUUUUAAUUUGAGGUUUAAAAACCCGGUAGAGUCCAUAUUUUAAAUGAUCAUAAUUUGCAGUGUGCAAAACGUUGUCAUGGGCAGCCAUUCACGGUCACUUGCAUAAUCAUAAUGGCUACGUCGUGUUACUACGUCAGAGUUUCAUUCAUAAGACUUUGCCUUGUUGUGCAAAAGCUAUUAAACUUAAACCAUUGGUUAGGGAAAGCUUUAAUUAAAUAGUCAUGUGCCAAAGUUGAAAGUUCAAAAUAAGUAGCCCCUAAAAAGUAUUUUAGUAAUAAGGGGAUGCAUUGACUUACAUAAACUAUAUAGUAUAGUCAUUGCGCAAGACACGAUCAGCAGAAUUAGGUCACAAAAUGUGGAGGCUUCGUCAAUAGUAGAAAAUACCAAAUGAUAAAUGAGCUCGGACUUUAAAAAUUUGUAGCUCAAAACUUACUUUAGUUAAAAAGUUGAUCCUGAUUUCAUUUUUUUUAGUUUAAAAUUUGCUCUCAAUAACUAUAAUAUUAAAAAAAUAAUAUUUUUUUUUUACUGAAGUACCUGCAUUUAUAAUGCAGAUCAUGUACAUAAAGAAAUUUCAAGCACAUGUUAAUAUAUUGUUGCCAUAUUGGUUUUUGGUUAUCUCAAUCAUCGGUUAUCUUGGGGCUUUUUUGGCAAACCCUGAGGCUGUCGACAUAACUGGGUUGUACUUUAUUUAAAAAAUUAUAUUUUAAUGUUAAUAAUUUUUUUUAAUGAGUUUAAAAAAAACAAAUACUCAUGGUUUAAAGUACUGAACAAUAAAAGUGUAAAAUAAUUUAAUAAAUGGGGCAAAUUAACAGUAAAAAUAAUAUUAUGAACACAAAAUUAAGGACUAGAUAAACCAAGAUAUACUUAGAUUUUCAAAAUAUCAAUUAUCAUUAUAAUUUAAAAAAAAUAAGACCAAACGUAAUUUGUUUUAAAAUAUGAAAUAUUAUAGAGAAAAUUUCACAAAAGAAAAGUUAUGCUGUAAUUUGAAAGGGAGCAAUAUCUGAUAAAAUAUUAGUUAAUAUUUCUAUUAUUGUAAAGAUAAUACAAUAAAUCCAUCCCUGUGGCACUACAGCCCGUGUAGGGCUUUGACCUGCCUUACCACUUCCUUCCACUCAGACCUAACUAAUGCCUUUCUUCUCCAUGCUUGGAUUUUCAGCUGCUGUAGAUCUUUUUCCACAUCAUCCACCUAAGCCUAGGUCUGCCUUUGAGCCUUUUUCCUCUGGGGUAUUGGUGAUGCACCCUCUUCGUUCCUCUGUCAUUUGGCAUUCUCUCUAGGUGUCCUGCCCAGCGUAGCCUCUUUUUAUUUCUGCUACUAUCGUGGGACUGUAUAAUUCAUGAUUGUUUUGUAUUCUCCAUCCAUAUUCAUCUUUUGUUGGCCCAUGUAUUUUCCUGAGAACUUUCCUCUCCCAUGUGUUUAAUAGGUUUUCUGCUGUUUUUGUUAGGGUCCAAAUUUCAUUUCCAUAUGUUACAACUGGUCUGAUUACAGUUUUAUAAAUAGUUUUCUUUGUUUUUCUUGUAAUGUUUUUACUUUUGAGUAUUUUCUGACUACUGAAGUAUGCACUGUUUCCGGCUGAUAUUCUUUCUUUUAUUUCUGUUAGUAAUUCGUUUCUUUCAUUUAACAAGGAUCCUAGGUAUUUGAAUUGGUUUACUUUUUCAAAAGAUUUGUUUCUAAUUUUAAUUGUUUUAUCUGUUUGUUCUUCUCUUAUAAUGGUCAUGUAUUUUGUUUUUUGGUGUUAACUUCUAGCCCUGCUUUAAUUCACUAAAGGAUUUUAAUAUGUCUUUAAUACUUUUCCCUAGAAGUGCUAUGUCAUCGGCAUAUGCAAGAUUCGGAAGUUGUUGGUUGUAGAGUGUGCCCGUUGGUUGUGGGUCUUGGAUUUCCGUCAGAAAGUAUCCUGUUAUCGUUCCUCGAGUGUCAAUGUGUGUUUCUAAUAACUCUCUCUAAUGUUAGGUUAAAGAGCAUACAAGACAGUGAGUCUCCCUGUCUUAGGCCUCGUCUAAUUUGAAAUUUCCUUGAAUAUUCUCCUUGAAUCUUGAUUUUGUUUUUUGAGUUGUUUAGUAUUACAUGUAUUAGUCUUGUCAGUUUGUUGGGUAUCCCAAACUCCUGCAGAGUUGGAGCAUUUACAUUUAUGAAUGUUAUAUUGAACAUUUUUCCUCGCACCCGCAAAGAACACAAUCUUUCGUUUUCUGGUUUGAAGUCUAUGACUGCACUCACUGCUUCUUUUUUCACGGCAAAUCCUGUUCCUAGUGUGUUGGUGUUGUUACCACUAUAAAAUAUGGUGUAUUCUUUUGUUUUGAGGAUGUAUGAUUUUUUUCAUAGAAUUUCUUGCAAUGCUGCAAUAGAUAUUUUAUAUUUGACCAGCUGAUUUACAAUGUUGGCUAAGACUCCUGCUCUAAACAGGCUUAGUAUAUUCCAAGUCGCAAUACAAAAAUCAUGUCCAUAUCCAUGCAUAGGUCGAUUUCCAUUGGUAUCAGUCCGGGUUUUAUUCUGUUGUUAACCCUGCGCACAGCAGUCUUGGGGGUUGCCCCUUACAGCUCUCUGGAUAGCUGCCUUAGUUUUUGGGUAAGGUUCCUUAGCCUUUGUGGAUCCCUCCACUUCCUACAAGGCAGUAGGUUCUGAUUUUGGUCCGCCCCAGGUAUUUUAUUUCCCUGGUACCCUCCAUAUCUGGUGGGCUUUCCCCUAAAGGCCACCUGGGGAGGCGCUCUCCGCAAAAGUAUCUCCGCAUGAGUAAUACAAUAAAACCCAAUAUUAAUAAAGAGGGAACUUGAUUGCUUCAAGCAUUAUACAUAUCUUGGGCUUUCAACUUGUCAUAAAUAAUACUGUUUCUGGUUUAUCACUUUCUGGAAUUUUUUUCUAUUACGGAUACCCGUUCUGGACAAAAAUAACCUUGUUAUGAACAUUUCAGAGACAUGAAAUUUUUUUUAUAUAUCAAAGUAAAAAAGAGAUGUUGAUGUCAAUUUAUUUUGAUCCCCCCCCCCUCCCCUUCUAUUAAAACAUAAAACGUUUUUCAACAACACCACCCCCCCCCCCCCCCCCCCCCCCCCCCCCCCUUUUGUUUUGCUUUAAUUUAUGGAAGGCCCCUUCCUUAAAACUUUGGGGCUGUUUUUUUUUUUUUUUUUUUUUUUUUUUUUUUUUUUUUUUUUUUUUUUUUUUUUUUUUUUUUUUUUUACAUUUUUAUUUACGUUUUUUGAUUUUGAAUUUCGAUACAUUUUGCACCCUCUUUGUACCCUUACUACAUUUUCUGCCAAUAUCCUGCCUUGUCACUGCUACUUGUUGAAUCAAUGAAAGAAUCUUAUCUUAUUACUCAUGAUAGGCACUUUGAAACCAGUGCUCUCAUUAACACUAUGAGUGCUAAAUGAUUAACUCUCAUUUUGCUGUUGUGGAUCAAAAGGAUGGCUAUUAAUAAAAUAAUGCUAGCAGUAUGAGUGAUGUGGGAUCAAUCAAUUUUAGUAGUUUAUAAAUUAAAAAUAAUCAAAAAUUUCUCAUUGUCAACCUUCAUUAUAAUUUUCUACAGGGUAUGUAACCGACAUACUAGAAGAAGCCAAAGUUUACUCCAAUCAUGCAAACAGAAAGUCUGUGGACACUGAUGAUGUUAAGUUAGCAGUACAGAUGAAGAUGGACCAUUCCUUUACCACUCCACCACCCCGAGACGUAAGUCAGUGCAGCAUUAAACCUGCACGUUGUAAAUUAUUGAUGGGGUGGGGAAAAUGAAGGAAAAGAAACCUAAGUAUUCAGAAUUUGUAGAGAGUUUGGAUAAAACCUUUUAAUUUAUACAUUUCAUUUUACUCACUGGUCUUUAAGACUAUGUCCAUGAAAAGCAAUUCUUAUCAAUUAGUUUUUUUCUAAAGGGUCAGGCUUCUGUCCCCCACCAUGUGGUGAACUAGUUUGUUGUGAAUGUUGGGUAGGGGGAGUCGUGAAUCGUGAGAGUGUUUUGUGAGUUGUUGAUCGUGAAGUUAGUCCGUGGUGUGGAACGUUUGCGUAGGCUGAGUUGUUUGUGUGGUAUUAUAAAAGGGAUGUGCGUUAGCUAGAGGUCAGAGAAGAAAGGUAGAAGAGCAAGAGAAUUGUUAGUUGUCGAAAGUUAUCAGUUAAGAGUUAGUCAGUAGCGAUAGGAGCGAGUGGAUAAUUGGUAGUUAGACUGAUGUGUGUUCCACACGCCAUAACGUAUAUUGUCAAUUGAAUAGCUGUAUCCUGUUUUGUGAAAUAAUAAUAAAAUAUUAUAUAUUGUUACACUGGACCUUGUGUUUUAUUUGAGAGAUUCAUACACCCUAGACAACGCAAGAGGGCCGUAACAUUUCAAGUAUAACAAAGGUCGUAACACACCAGUAAUUUAGUUUGUUAAAUGUUUUUUGCCUAUUAACUGUUAGAAUUUAAAAAUAUUUUUUUACUAUUUGUUGCUGUGAAUAUUAGUUUAGUAGGCUCUUGGAAAUACUUGAUUUUUUUUUUCAAUGAGUUUUCCAAUUAAAAUUUUUUAUGUUUUUUCAUUGGACAUCCAUAUUUGUAGCAUAAAAUAACGCCCAGUAUUACACAUCAUCUAAGUCAAAUAUUUUUUUUUCUUAACUCGCCAAAUUAAGAAGACUUGUUAUGAAUAUUAAAAUUUACGGGGAUUAAAUCAUCAUUAAUUUGUCAAAAUCCCAAAUUUAAACAAAGUUAAAAGCAGUGGUUCCAAAACUAUUUUGUAUAAAGAUGUUUUGUUUCCACCAACAACAAAAUUACUUCAAUAUAUUUAAUUAGGCAACUGAUUUUUCCAUAUGCUUUUUUUUUUAUACCAAUAACCCGUUAUCUAUUUGUUUGAAACAAAUAUGUUACAGCUGAUAAUCCUUUUUCAAAAGCUAAUGUAGUGGAGAGUUUGUUAAAUAAAUGUUCCUGGUUGUAAGCUUUGUAAACCAUAUCAAAUACGGUAUGGUACUUCUACAUUUGAAUCUGAAAAUCCUCCUAUUGAUAUCAGAUAUGGAGAUGGAAAAUUUUGAAAGUUGCCACAAGCUGAGUCAAUUUCUUAAAAGUCAGGUUUGGGAAGUAAUGAUUUGUUUUUUCUACUAAAUAUUGUUAUAAUGCUCUGCAGGGAGCUCAAUUACAGUUCUUCUUUGGAAUGAAGGAGUUUUGAAUGGGUUGAAUGUGUUAUGAUACUGUUAAUCUUGUGUCUUUAUCAUGUGGAACAGAGUUUAUAUGCAGUUUUUGGACAUUGAAGGCAUCAACCAACAAAUAUUCACACCUACCUUUUGGAGACAAAGGAUCCGACAUCUUGUAAACAAAUGGCAGAUCAAAACAAAACACAGAAGCCAAGGCUAAAGAUAGAUUACCAGAUUGUGUCAAAACAAUUAAAUAAUAAUAAUAAUAACAAAAUUCAAAUUACCAAUCUGGAUUUCUGUUUCCUAUUGAUACUGCACAAAUUUUAUUUAAUCGCAAGAUUAAAAAAAAUAAAAUAAAAUGAUGGAUCUGCAUUUCAGAUGCUCAUGGACAUUGCAAGACAGAAAAACUGCCAGCCUCUGCCGCUUGUUAAGCCUUACUGUGGUCCGAGAUUACCUCCUGACAGAUAUUGUCUGACAGCGCCCAACUACAAACUGAAGACUUUGAAAAAGGUA